AAAAGGGGAAAGAAAGGUGAUAAAGGAGGGAAAGGUUUACGCCAUUUUUCUAUGAAAGUUUGUGAGAAAGUCCAAAGAAAAGGAGUAACGUCAUAUAAUGAAGUUGCUGAUGAACUGGUAGCAGAAUUUACUGAUCCUAGAAACAUGCAGUCUCCUGUUGAACAAGUUGGUUAUGAUCAGAAGAAUAUCAGAAGGCGUGUCUAUGAUGCGUUAAAUGUAUUAAUGGCAAUGAAUAUUAUAUCUAAAGAGAAAAAAGAAAUCCGAUGGAUUGGACUUCCCACUAAUUCAGCUCAGGAAUAUCAGACUUUAGAGGCCGAGAAACAACGUAGAAUGGAGAGAAUAAAACAUAAAACACAACAAUUACAGGAACUUAUAUUACAGCAAAUAGCAUUCAAGAAUUUAGUCCAGAGAAAUAAAGAUAAUGAAAUGAAACAUGGUGCCCCAGCUAAUAAUUCUGCUAUACAAUUACCGUUUAUUAUAGUCAAUACCAGUAAAAAAACAGUUAUAGACUGUAGUAUAUCUAAUGAUAAAGAUGAGUAUUUAUUUACGUUUGAUAAUACGUUUGAGAUACAUGAUGAUAUAGAAGUGUUAAAAAGAAUGGGUAUGGCGUUUGGUAUGGAGAAAGGACAGUGUACAGAAGAAGAUUUACAAAAAGUAGUUAGAAUGGUACCUAAAGCUCUGGAACCGUAUGUAACAGGUUAG